AUGUCCUCCCCAACCCCCACCUCCGCCCCCAUCCCCUUCUCCGAACCCCCCUACCUCCUCAACCUGCCCACCCCCUACUUCACCCCCUCCCACCUAGCCUGGCAGCGCGCCAUCCGCCCCUUCCUGCAAACCCACCUGCACACCCACGCCAUCGCCCACGAAACCGCCGGCACCCUGCCCCCCGCCACCUUCACCGCCUUCGCCCGCGCCGGCAUGCUGCUCCCGGCCCUGCCCGCCCCGCUCCCCGUGUCCUGGCUGCACCGCCUCGGCAUUCGGACGCUGUUGGGGGGGCUGCCCGUGGAGGAGUUUGACGCGCUGCAUGGGUAUAUUUAUGCGGAUGAGAUGGUAAGGAGCGGGUUGGCGGGGCCGGGGGCGAGCUUGACGACGGGGAUGGCGUUUGGCGUGCCGUUGGUGUUGCGGUUUGCGCGGGAGGCGGUUAAGGAGAGGGUGCUGCCGGGGUUGUUGAGGGGGGAGACGAGGUGCUGUAUUGCGAUUACGGAGCCGGGGGCGGGGAGUGAUGUUGCGGGGGUGGAGACGAGGGCGGUGAGGAGUGCGUGUGGGAGGUGGUGGGUUGUGGAUGGGGAGAAGAAGUGGAUCACCAACGGAAUCUGGUCCGACUACGCGACCAUGGCGGUGCGCACCGGCCCGCCCGGCAGCGGCGCCAAGGGGAUCUCCCUCCUCCUCGUCCCCCUCAAAAACACACCCGGCGUAAAGAUGCGGCGCCUCUCCGUCUCGGGCACGGCCUCCUCCGGCACGACCUAUAUCUCCCUCGAGGACGUGCGCGUGCCCAUCGACCACCUCCUCGGCGAGGAGAACCAGGGCAUGCGCUACAUCAUGACCAACUUCAACCACGAGCGCCUGGUCGUGGCCACGGGCGCGACGCGCCAGGCUCGUGUCGCGCUGACGGCCGCGUUCGAGUACGUCCUCAAGCGCGAGGCCUUCGGCAAGCCGCUGGUUGAGCAGCCCGUCGUGCGCCACCGGCUGGCCAAGGCGGGGGCCCUGCUCGAGAGCCAGACGGCGUGGGUCGAGCAGUUUGCCUACAUGAUGACCAAGAUGCCGCAUGAGCAGGCUGGUGUGCUGCUGGGUGGGCCCACGGCGCUGUUGAAGGCGCAUGCUGGUAUGGUGUUUAAAGAGUGCGCGGACACAGCGGUGUUGCUGUUCGGGGGCAAUGGAUACACCAAGACCGGGCAGGGCCAGCUGGUGGAGAUGCUGUACCGGGAAGUUAUGGGCACGAGGAUUCCCGGCGGGUCCGAGGAUGUCUUGCUCGACUUGGCAGUGCGGCAGCUAGUGAAGAUCUACAGGAUGCAUACCAAGAUGCUGGAGGCAGACUCGAAGCUGUGA